UCCUCGGACGCCGCUCGCCCCCGGAAUCGUUUUUCGCUACCCUUCCCUCAAACGCGAUGUCCAAGGCGACCUUCGUCACGCACAGCGACUUUCUGUCCUACCCUCCCUCCUUGAACCUGGCGCAAUUCGACGGCUGUGUCUGGGCGCUUGGCAAGAGCCAGGUCGGCAUGAAGGAGGACGAGUACAUCCGGAUGACGCACGACUUCCCGAUGGAGGCGGCCAGGGCGAUUAUCGAGGCAAAGAAGGCAGCGAAGAGCGCUGGAGAAGCCGAGGGCGACAAGCCGCUCAGGUUUGUAUACGUGAGCGGGCAGAGCGCGGACCAGACCGGCAAGAGCUGGAUCCUGUUCGCGCGCGUCAAGGGGAAAACGGAAGCGGACCUCGUCAAAGUCAGCGAAGAGUCCGACGGCAUUCUCAUACCCCAUUUCCUUCGCCCAGGCUACUUCUUCCCCGAAGCCGAGGAUGCGAGGGACACCAGAGGCACCUUCGCGCGUUUGACAGACAAGAUCCGGACGCCGAUGAUCUCCACGUUCAUACCAAACCUGUACAUCCGGGCGCGGUCGCUGGGCCAGUUCGCUGUCGAAGCGGCAAAGGGCACGUGGGGAAAUGAUCAGAUCUUCGACAAUGCCCGCAUGACGGCGUUGUUGAAAGAGCGGUUUGGGGGCAGCUCUUCGGGGGACGUUGCCCGUGAUGAACUCUGAAAGUGUGAUGACAGAGUCCA